AUUCUGUCCUGCAUACGGAAAUCUAGGGAAGUGCGCAGCGUCAAGUACACGUGUUCGUGUUUAUGUCACUCUGCCGAGGCGUUCGGUGAACAUGGAACAGCUUCGCGUCUUGGAGCUGUACAGUGGCAUUGGCGGGAUGCAUUAUGCAUUAAAAGAGUGUCGCGUCCCCGCCCGGGUGGUGGCCGCCGUCGAUGUCAACACCACGGCCAACGAGGUCUACCGCCACAACUUCCCCGCCACACCGCUGUGGGCCAAGACCAUCGAGGGGCUGACGCUUGAUGACUUCAACAGGCUAGACUUUGACAUGAUUCUCAUGAGUCCACCAUGCCAGCCUUUCACCAGAAUUGGACUGCAAGGUGAUGUAUCUGACCCCAGAACAAAAAGCUUUCUCUAUAUCCUUGUCAUCCUGCCAAGAUUGGCUAAGAGGCCUCGGUUCCUGCUUCUGGAAAACGUGAAGGGCUUCGAGACCUCCUCCGCCAGGGAUGCUUUGGUGAAGACCCUGAAGGAUUGUGGGUACAGCUAUCAGGAGUUCCUGCUCUCCCCAACCUGUCUAGGAAUCCCGAAUUCCCGGCUGCGCUACUUCCUGAUUGCUAGGGCGUUGCCGGAGUCCUUCUCCUUCCAGACUACGACAGAGGUUCUGGUGGCCUUCCCCGAACCAAAAAGAGGCGAUUCUGCAGACCACACCCCUAACUCCGCCCCAAGGCACGCCCCCGCCCCAAACAGCAGCGAGGGGCGGGAUGAGGGGCGUGUCCUCUACAAGAUGGAGACGGCGCGGGACCUGGAGAAGAAGAGGUGUCAGGACGAGGACGAGUCCGUCCGGAGGAUACAGGACUUCCUGGAGGAGGAAGAGGAGGAAAAGGAGGAGGAGGGCGGGGCCGGGCGGGGCAUGGGGCAGUACCUCCUGCCCCCGAAGACCCUCCUCCGCUACGCCCUGCUCAUGGACAUCGUCCGGCCCUCCUGCAGGAGGUCCGUCUGCUUCACCAAGGGGUACGGCCACUAUGUGGAAGGAACUGGCUCCGUCCUGCAGUCCUGUACAGAUGCACAGGUGGAGACGGCGUUCGCCGCUCUGGACUCCCUGACGGACGAGCAGAAGCUGCUCCAGCUGUCCCAGCUACGCCUGCGAUACUUCAGCCCCAGAGAAAUCGCCAACCUGAUGGGCUUCCCCUCACACUUCAGCUUUCCGGAGAACACCACGAUCAAGCAGCGAUAUCGCGUGCUGGGAAACAGCCUGAACGUGCACGUGGUGGCCCGACUCAUCGCGCUCAUGGUGGGGUGACCUGAACAACGCGGCGCCGCGUAGCUGUUUUAGCACGUAGCCGUAGCGUAGCGCAGCUAAGAUGCAGCGCCACGUAGCUGUUUUAGCACGUAGCCGUAGCAUAGCGCAGCCAAGAUGCAGCGCCGCAGAUGCGUGGCAUGGUACCAGAGCGCUAACCCGCUAACCGGAGCCUGGAGAGGAGAAGUGACUUCCUUUUACCCAGAAUGCCAUGCUGCCUGGUCCACUUCCUGCUUUGAGAAGAUGGACUGUUAUUAUUUAUGUGUAUGUGAAAAGUAAGGGGAAGUUUUUUUAAUUUUGUACAUUGUAAAUGUGUUUCAAAUAAAAUAUUUUUGUAGUUA